ACUAGGAGUAAAUCCCCUUAAAGAACUUUCUCACACUCACACACACUCAUGGAGUGAGACGGUUUCACUGAAAAACUCAUCCGCCGUGGACAGGACCUACUCUCCGUACUGGAACCCUGAACGCAACUGCCUCACAAACAUGAACAAACUUGCGAAGGCGCUCUAUGACAACACUGCAGAGUGUGCAGAUGAGUUGGCUUUCAGAAGAGGGGACAUCGUCACGGUGAUGGAUCAAAACGUGGCCGGCACCAGUGGAUGGUGGAUGUGUUCUCUUUAUGGACGGCAUGGUCUGGCCCCUGCGAACAGGCUGCAGCUUUUACCACAAACUGGAACCACUGCAGGCUCAUUACUCCAUGACGUAGAAAAAACAAAACUAACUGAUGAUGGAACUGAAGACAACACGCAAAAUAUCUACCAGAUCCCAAGUGUACCCCGACCCUCCAGCAGCCCAGCUUAUGAACGCAUGGACAUGAUCUACAAGGUCCCGUGUACUCCUUUAUCAGCUUCAAAAGUUCCAUUCCUGCCAGCACUUAGAGACAGCACAGAAGGACCUGAUGGAUCCAAGCCUUCAUUCUUCAGUAUGGCGUCCCGUCCAACUGGGGAGGUUUAUGAUGUCCCGAGCCAGGCGAGACGAGCCUCCCUUUUAACUGUGUCAACAACUCCAAGAAAUGUGCCGCAGUGCAGCAGUGCAGGAGAGUCUUACGUGUAUGCAGUCCCGCCGCCUUUGCCUCAGGACCCAAACUAUGACAUCCCUGUUCCCUCGGCCACAGAAGCCCAACAGAAAAUGGUGGGUGGAUACAAUACCCUUCCCAGUCCCCGCAAGCCUGAGUGGAUCUAUGAUGUGCCAAUGGGUCCUGAGAGGCAAAGUCCACCCCAAGGCUCCUAUGACCCCUCCAAAGCCAUUUGCAGGCAACUCUUUGACACUUUUCCAGCACGUGCUUGGCCCAUUCAAAGAGGCAGUCCAACUAUCCUCUAUGAUAUACCAAAACCCAAUUCGCCUGACAUCUCAAGUCCACCCAGAGUGCUGCCAAGGGUCUCCAUUUACGACAAGCCCCCAACUCAGAGGCUUACAGAGGAGUUGGUUUAUGCGGUUCCUCCCCAGGAGGAACCCCUCACUCGACUAAUUAGUGAUCCCCCCAGUGAUCAUAUACCCCUAGAGUGCAGGGGCGACUCAAGCAGUGCUCAUGAACUCGCAAGUGUGCGUCUGCAGCGAAUGAGGAACUUCCUGGCCUGCACGACGUUCCGUGAACUUCCUGGAAGCAGGGAGUCGCUGGUGAAGGAGGAAGACGAGCGAGGUAGAACCCUGCGUCUCUCUGCAGCCGACAGUCAAAGGAUCAGCACGGCCUCCAGCUCCUCCACCAGCUCCUGUGACUCUCUGCCUCUGAGCUCGUCCUCUCCCGAGCCUCUGCGAGAGGUGAUGCUCAGCCAGGACGAGGCCUGCCGCAAACUUCUUGACCUGCGGGACUCCGUUUGCAGGGCUGUGCCCAGUCUAAUGGACUUUGUCAGCAGUCACUGGAGGAGCAGAGAACAUCUGGAGAAACACCUGAAGGAGAUCAAAGAAGCAGCAGAGGUGAUUGCAUGUUCUUUGUCGUGCUUUCUGAACUUUGCACUGGACGUUAAGGGCAACGCCAGCCAUUUGACAGAUGCCAACCUUCAGACCCGGCUCUGUAAACAGCUGUCCAUCGUAGAAGACUCAGGUGUGAUCCUACAACAAACAGUUAGUGCUCUUAACAUGGCUGGAUGGCCCCUCAACUCACUCUGUCAGGACCCUGGGAAGGUCCAGAACCCUGACCAACUGGAGCGCUUCGUCAUGGUGGCGCGCACUGUUCCAGAGGACGUCAAGCGCCUGGUGUCCAUCAUCAAUGCCAAUGGCAAGCUUCUGUUCAGAGCCCCUCAAAAACCUCCAGAGCCAGAGAUGAAGAAAAGUCCUGAUGAAAGUGAACAAGGAGAGGACUUAGUAGAGGAUGACAACGACUACGUAGAGCUACAGACUAAGAAUGACUUUGAAAAGCAGCAGAAGGAAGUGCCGAAGGAACCAAAAGAAAAUGUCCCACCAGUCUCUAACAAGGCACAGGCUGAUAACAAGCGUCACUCCUCCGAGUCCGGCAGCGGCACCGAGGAGCAUCAACCAGCCUCCCUGUCAGAGCACUGCCGGCUUUACUUUGGCGCUCUCCAGAAGGCCAUCGGGGGAUUUGUGGGCAGCCUUCGGGACGGGCAGCCGCCGGAGAAGUUCAUCUCGCAAAGCAAGCUGGUGAUCAUGGUGGGCCAGAGACUGGUGGACACCCUGUACAGGGAGGCCCAACGGGGAGGCUCCUCCCAGAGCCUCCUGUGCAAGAGCAACCACCUGUGUGCUCUCCUGAAGCAGCUGGCCGUGGCCACGAAGAAGGCGGCGCUGCACUUCCCCGACAAGCAAGCCCUGCACGAGGCUCAAGAGUUUGCAAAGGAACUGGCCCAAAGAGCACAGCACUUUCGGAUAUCGCUUGACCUGUGAGCGUGCACAUUUCAGGAGCGCUGAUUUGGUUUUACAGCAAAAGACAUUGGUUUAUUCAGCAUCAGUUUCCUUUUACAUUCAUGCCAUAUUUAACUAUGUUCAAGCUUCACUAGCCAAAAAGAUGCUUUCUGCUGAAUGCUAUUAUUUUAAUGACUGGUUAAAAUGUUAAUGAUGUAAAAAAAAAAGGUGCUGGGACGAGCAGAACAAUUGAAAUAUGGAGUUGUAUUUUGUACUAGAAUAAGAAGACUUCACCACAGUGGAGGUCCAAAAUAAGUUGCACAUUUAGGAUACUAUACUCAAGCCAAUUUUAAAAUGCAAUUAAAAUAUGUAAAGUAUAACAUAAUUUGUUUUAUAUAAUUUACAACAUUUUUGUAUUUUCUGAAUAUUUUUUGUUAUCUGGAUGCUUUUUGUAUUUUAUUACUUUAUUGUGUAAGAGGUACACUCUCCAGGGUAGUAGUUUGAUACAUUCUACUUUUUAUGAAUAUUUAUGUAAAUAUUCUAAAAAACAAAAUGUGUUAUGCAUUCCCAAACAACACAUGUUGGAUUUUUAUUGAUAUUAAACUUAAAA